UUAUUGACCCAUCAAUAAAUUGGACUGGAUCUGCAAGUGGCCGCUUCUAAACGCAGCGUUUCAGAGAACCCUUUUAAGUUGUGGGUUACGUGGCAUACUUCCAUUCCUCAAGUUCCUAUUGAUUGACGGCCCAGAUUUAGUGCUAAAAAACAAUGAUCUUGUCCCCUUUUCUUCAGCCUCCAUCGCCGUGUCUCCUCCGUCUGGUUUCUCUCUAAUCUUCGCACUCCCCUAAAAUAAAGUCGAAGUGUUUACAGGAGAAAGAAAAUCCCGAAGAAAUGCCGCUGUACGAUUGUAUGCUGCUGCUGAAACCACAUGUGAGGAAGGAGUCUCUGAUGGACUUGGUCGCUCGAGUGAGCAAACACGUUUACAGAAGAAAUGGAGUUAUUACUGACAUGAAAUCAUUCGGCACUGUUCAGCUGGGUUAUGGUAUUAAAAAGCUUGAUGGAAGGUAUUAUCAGGGUCAACUAAUGCAAAUGACGAUGAUGUCUACACCCAACAUCAACAAGGAGCUGCACUACUUGAACAAGGAAGAUCGGUUGCUGCGCUGGCUGUUGGUUAAACACCGAGAAACAAAGUAUGGACAGGAAUUUCUUAGUGAAGAGGAUUCGAAAACUGAAUUUAAUAAGCUUCAGCGGAGCAGCAUAUAUGGUAUGGAUGAAGAUGAGGACGAGGACGAGGAUGAUGAUGACGAUGACGAGGAAUACGAUGCGGAACAAGAAGGAAAACGUACCUGAAGGGCAGUGGAAUAUGUCAGGCAUAGGUCUGUUAGUAUUUUGUUGGAGUUCCUUGAUUUACGAUUGCCAUAAGGUAUGUUAGCAGUAAGCCCUAUCUGGUUAACUUAGCUUGUCAAUGUACUAGAUGUAGCGAGCUUUUAGUUUUGAUCGGGGUGCUUGCUGCACCUAAUUUUUUUUAUAUUCUCUCAAUUGAAAACAUCUUGAAGAUCUUCUGAGAGGUAGAAGGAACAAUGUAGUAGUAUAAUUUUCGUUGUUUCUUUCGAUUA